AUGGCCUCGCUCACGCUCACUCACAGCACUUGUGCCGGUAGGGCAGCCGCUCUCCUCGCCGCUGUCUACGGCCAAUACGUUCCCGACUUGACCAUCACCCACCGUCACCACGACAAGGUGAGCUUGUCAGAUCGAGCACCCGAGCUCGGCGAACGGAGCUGAUCAUUGGGCUUCCUUCGGCCCCUGUCUCUCUCUCGUUCUCAGCUCGAAUUCAAAUCCGCUUCAUCGCAAACGUACACCCAGCUCGUCGAGAUCGCGAAAGCUCUCCUGGAAGCCGCAGGCAAGACGAACGAGGCUCUCGGAGGCGCCUCGGACCAAGUGCAGCAGAGCGUAUUGCACUACCUCGACCUCGUCGACGAGAACAAAUUCGACGGAGAAAAGGGGGCCGAGGUCAGUAACCUACGAGAGUCUCAAAGGUGGGGAGUGCAUCAGCCAAACUGACGAGAUCGUUCUUCGCGAACAGGCCGCCGAUGCCGAAUUGACGACCAGGACCUUCCUCGUCGGCGAGUCCGUCUCGGCUGCCGAUCUCGGUCUCUUUGCGGCCGUUCAUCCGACCGUCGUACGUGUACCGAACCCGUUUCCAGAGGGUGCUUUGCACUCCCUGACGCUUCACCUUACCGCUCCUAACCCUAACUCUUUCCCCACCAGGCCUCGGCAACGCACAACCAACACCUCUCGCACCCUUCCCUAUCCCGUCACUUCAACCACAUCCAAAACCUCCGCCUCGUCGCACCCCACCUCUCGACCGUAUUCACCUCCUCCUCCCCCGAACCGGUCAAGAUCGACGUCGAGAACGUGCCCGUCGUCGAGAUCAAGCAACAAGCCAAAGUAAAAAAAACUCCUGCCGCCGCCGCUGCCGCCGCUGCUGCUGCUGCGGAGGCACCCCAGGAAGCGGGCAAACAGGAAAAGGCCGACAAGGCGCAGGUCGUAGAAGAGGUCAAGAAAAAAGUCGAAACCGUCGCCCCUAUCGCCGUAGCUGAGGGAACGACGUCGUCGGCGGCGAAACCGAAAAAGGAGAAAGUGGAAAAGGUCAAGAAACCUACCCCUGCGGUACCGGUCACGGAAGCGCCUGCACCUUGGAUGAUUGAUUUGAGGGUCGGCAAGAUCGUCGAGGUCGCGGUGCACCCUGAUGCGGACUCGUUGUAUGUCGAAAAGAUCGAUGUCGGCGAGGAGGAACCGAGGACGGUCGUUUCGGGUUUGGUCAAGUACAUGACCUUGGAGCAGAGUGAGUGCACGGAAGAGUGGAGAGUAGUGGACGACGUUGCUGAUUUUAGGAUGGAUUGCGGGAUCACAGUGCGAGGAGCUACGUUGAUCACGGUGUGCAACCUCAAGCCGGCCAACAUGCGCGGCGUCAAGUCGUUCGCGAUGGUGCUCUGCGUAAGGACCUCGCCACAUAUUCUUGACCGUCAAAAACUUGAAAGCAAACUGGAUCCGAUUACUUUCCUCUCACAGGCCACGGCAACCGAAGGCAAGGAAGCCGGAAUCGAAUUCCUUUCCCCUCCCGAGGGAUCCGUCCCCGGUGAUCGGGUUUAUUUCGAAGGCUUCGAGGACCAACAGGCGUUGGAGAUCCUUAACCCCAAGAAGAAGAUCUUUGAGACCGUUCAACCGGGCUUCACGACGCUGGAGAACCGGGAGGGUGCCUGGGUCGACAAGGAGAGUGGGAAGGCGUACAAGAUUGUGACCAAGAGGGGGGAGUGUAGGACUCGGAGUUUGGUCGGGGCCAGUUUGAGUUAG